AUCGACGUAUCGCGGUAGAUUGUUAACGUCUUCGUUCCAGUACCUGAAAUUAUAUACCAACAAGAAGAUGGGUUUACUUGCUAUUUUACGGAAGUUGCGAUCAAAUCCUGAUAAAGAAUUACGACUAUUACUAUUGGGUCUGGAUAAUGCCGGGAAGACGACCAUUUUGAAGUCUUUGGCAAGCGAAGAUAUUACGCACGUGACUCCAACGCAAGGUUUUAACAUAAAAAGUGUUCAAAGCGAGGGUUUUAAAUUAAAUGUAUGGGAUAUUGGUGGAGCUCGGAAAAUUCGACCUUAUUGGCGAAAUUAUUUCGAGAAUACGGAUGUACUUAUUUAUGUCGUUGAUAGUGCAGACAUCAAAAGGUUGGAAGAAACAGGACAGGAAUUAUCAGAACUUUUACUAGAAGAAAAAUUACGCGGAGUGCCAUUAUUAGUAUAUGCGAAUAAACAAGACUUAGGACAUGCUGUGACAGCAGCCGAGAUUGCGGAGGGACUCGGUUUACACAAUAUCAAAGAUCGUGAUUGGCAAAUACAAUCGUGCAUUGCUAUCGAAGGCAAGGGUGUGAAGGAAGGUUUAGAAUGGGCAUGCAAGAAUAUUAAAAGGAAGUAAUAAGCACGCCGUGGAAGUCGGGAAAUACGACCGAUGUUUAUUCCACAUGUUUAGGACGCACGAAAGGAACAGGCUUACACCGUCCCUAUUGUACAUUUUACACAUAAUUUUUAUCUUUAAACUACUAUUUACAAAACAAAAAGUUAUUAAGAACAUGUUGUUGUUUGUGGAUUCGGUACAAACGUAUAAAUGUCGAAUGACAUUUUACAAAUCCGUAUCGAACAUAUCCAUUUGUCGGACUUCCGUCCAUUUUGGACUCAAGAAGUUCUAUUUUUCACAUAGAAGAGAGUCUGUAAUAGCGAGUCCAUAAAGUAUAUUGCAAAUUAACGUGCCUUCUUGCUGUUUAACUCUAGAUUAGAAUUUUUAUAGAUUUAUCUCGUAAGAAGUAAUAAAGAAUUGGAACAAGAGCGAAGAGACACGAUAUGUAAUUUAUAUAGAUACAGUUAUUAAUAUAUUAAAUUUAUACGUAUUUAUAGAAUUUGAGCACCACGUAUUAUUGCAUUCGCGAAAAAAAGUCGCUGAGAUACGCUAAAAUAUAAUGUGCAGCAUGCACGAGGUAUCUGGCUGCACUUCCUUCUAUCUAAAUCGAAGAAUAUAUAAGAAAUUAAAAAAAAACGUGAUUUUUAAUAAUACCGUUGAUUCAGUAGCUUUUAAUUAGAGAUAAUUGAAAUCUGUAUCGUUUUAACGUAAUUUAUGUUAUUAUCUUUGCCACAAUAUAUGACCAUUGAAUUUUAAA